GAUGCUUGCACUGAUUUGAACCAUAUAAAGCUAAGCAACAUGAGCUAUGAUGCAUUGAUGUUUGCUUAUGAAGCACGCCACUACUGGGGGCGUGGAAUUCUGCUUGGAAAUGCUGCUGCUCUUUUUCGUUUAUGGCAGUAUUCUCCUAAAUGGGCAUCAGUUUUGUGCCCGGGAAUAAAGAUGAAGGAAUUUGAGGAUAUACUGCAGCUACAGCCGCAUGAUCUGCAAGCUCCUUUUGGCUCCUUUAUACCGCCUUGGAGUAUUCAUUUUGCGUGCUAUGGCUCUUUCUUUCCCCGCGCCUCCCGCUCCUUCAAUCCUGACGCCUAUGCCCUAGCCGCCUAGCGCAACCACUUGUUUAUCAGCAUGCAUUCUCUGAAAUUGAUUUUAUGCUCUUAAGCGUGCGAGCUUCAACUCCAUUUACUACUUCUUCCGUCCUAUUACUUUGCUAUGCUUUUGUUUUCAACCAAUUUCAAUUGCUUUUUACAUACUAUCAAAAGCAUUACUUAAAAAUGCCUGUAAAGGCCUUUUUUUUUUUUUUUUUUGGAUGAAAUGUAAUUUUCAUUUAUCUAAUAAAACUCAAAGUAUGGA